GCUGCAGUUUCUACUUGUGCUGGCAUUGGCAGAGGUAGACAGACAGGCAGACAGUGUCUGCCAGUUAAUGAGGGAAACAUUCUGCCUGUUCCGUCGCUAGCUAGCUGUGCCGCUGUGGUGUGAGUGAUUGAGAGUUCGAGACUGGCUGAUUGACUCUGUCGGAACUAGCUUGGAGGACGGCGAUCGACGACUCUCUCCGGCCGCCGUGCUGCGACGUGUGUAGUAGGUAGAUAGAUGGGGCGCGCGCCGUGCUGCGACAAGGCGAGAGUGAAGCGGGGGCCGUGGUCGCCGGAGGAGGACGAGCAGCUGCGGAGCUACGUCCGGGCUAAUGGCGUCGGCGGCAACUGGAUCGCCCUGCCGCACAAAGCAGGGCUGAACCGGUGCGGCAAGAGCUGCCGCCUGCGGUGGCUCAACUACCUGAGGCCGGACAUCCGGCACGGCGGCUACACGGAGCAGGAGGACCGCGUCAUCUGCUCCCUGUACGCCUCCAUCGGCAGCCGCUGGUCCAUCAUCGCCUCCAAGCUCCCCGGCCGCACCGACAACGACGUCAAGAACUACUGGAACACCAAGCUCAAGAAGAAGGUCAUGCCCAUGCCCAUGCCCAUGCCUGGCCCUCACUACCACCACCACGCCGGCCUCGGGGCCUUCUCCGCGCCCGCGACGCCGUCAGGUCCUGCCGGGUCUUGGAGCCAAUGCGUGCCGUCCACCCUGCAGCCCGCCGCACUCUCGCCGGCGGCGUCCGGCUCCUCCUCCGUCGACACCACCUCAUCAGGCGGCGACAUGUGCUUCGCCCCCGCCGGCAUGUACCAGCCGCACCACCCCAUGCAGGGGUUCGUGCACGUAGACUCGUCGCCCCAGACCGUGCUCGCGCCCAUGCCACUAGACGUCCCCGCCGCCACCGGCAUCUGGGCGCCGUCCAUGCCUGCAGCGAGUGACGUCGGUGGCGUGGCGCUGGAGGACGCGUUCCUCGCCGAUCUCGGCGCCUACGGCGACCUGCUGCUCGGCGGGUUCGGCGGACAGCUGCUGCAGGACAACAAGGCCACCGCCGCCAUGGAGCUCCCCGGGGCGUGCUACUUCCCCAACAUGGCCGAGAUGUGGGCCGCCGACCACGCCCACGCCCACGCCAAGCCGCCGCAGGGCCUCUGCAACACGUUCACAUAGGAUUCACGACAUGAUUUGCUCCAUUGGAUUCGUCAGCACACACGUAAUUGAGACCUUGCUCCCCGAGUUGUGCAUGAGAGAUCAAUCACAUGUGAAUUACUAUGCUAUAGAAUAGAUAGAAAUAUGUACUUACUCAGUUUAGGUGUGGAUUACAUACAUGUACUUGUUGGAGUACUCAACUGAGGUGUGGAUUUAUAUAUCUGUGCUCAAUUUUACUUCAGAAAAUAAUGAAACCACAAUGAUACCAUGAGAUA